ACGCUUUAUGACGAUUCCCCGUGUAUAUCGUCUAGGCUGCGGCCCCCAUAAGCAUAUUUGUUCUCGCCCCACGAAAUUCUUCCACUGGUUGCUGCUGCUUUAGUCUCUCUGCUCGUGCGGUGGCGGUUAGUACAUACACUUUUGGGCAAGGUCAGACAAGGUCUUUGACAUAGAAAAACGUACAAAGUGAACGGACGAAUAAUGGCACAGGUGCGACAACUGUUACAAGUGGGUGGUCCACUGUUCGGACGUGGCUUGGCCAAUGCCGGUGGUGCAACGACAGCCACCGCAGCGCACAAACGGUGGCAAAGCUCCUCGUCCAACGCUGGAGAUUACGAUCUGGUUGUGGUCGGCGGCGGUAUUGUGGGUGCGGCUUCUGCCCGAGAGAUUCUACUGCGGCAUCCCACGCUGAAGGUGGCCAUUCUGGAGAAGGAGCCCAAACUGGCAUUCCAUCAGAGUGGACACAAUUCGGGAGUCAUCCAUGCCGGCAUCUACUACAAGCCAGGCACUCUGAAGGCCCGCCUCUGCGUGGAGGGACUGAAUUUGGCAUACAAAUAUCUGGAUGAGCGCAAGAUUCCGUACAAGAAAUGCGGCAAACUGAUUGUGGCCACCGAUGAGAAGGAGGUCAAGCUGCUGGAGGAUCUGCAGCAGCGUGGCAUUGCCAACAAAGUGCCCGAUCUCAAGAUGAUCGAAGGGGAUGCCAUCCGUGAGAUUGAGCCCUUCUGCAAAGGCAUUAAAGCUCUUCACAGUCCACACACUGGCAUUGUGGACUGGGCUUUGGUCACGGAGCACUAUGGCGAGGACUUUAAGCAUGCUGGGGGUCGCAUUUAUCUGGACUACAAUGUCACAAAGUUCAGCGAAACGAAGGAGGGCAGCGCCGACUAUCCAGUGACCAUUCAUGGCUCGAAGCCGGGUCAGUUGGUACGCACCAAGAAUGUCCUCACCUGCGGUGGCCUGCAGUCCGAUUUGCUGGCCGAGAAGACGGGCUGUCCCAAGGAUCCGCGCAUUGUGCCCUUCCGCGGUGAAUACUUGUUGCUGUCCAAGGAGAAACAGCACAUGGUGAAGGGCAACAUCUACCCGGUGCCAGAUCCACGAUUCCCCUUCCUGGGCGUGCACUUUACGCCGCGCAUGGAUGGAUCCAUUUGGCUGGGACCCAACGCUGUGCUGGCCCUCAAGCGGGAGGGUUACACCUGGGGCGACAUCAAUCUCUUUGAGCUCUUUGAUGCCCUGCGCUAUCCCGGCUUCCUGAAGAUGGCCAGCAAAUACAUUGGCUUUGGCGUGAGCGAAAUGUCCAAGUCGGCGUUCAUCAAUCUGCAGAUCAAGGCCCUGCAGAAGUACAUACCCGACAUCACCGAAUACGACAUCCAACGUGGUCCGGCGGGUGUGCGUGCCCAGGCCAUGGAUCUGGAGGGUAAUCUGGUCGAUGAUUUUGUCUUUGAUCGUGGCGUUGGUUCAGGUGCUUUGGCCAAGCGUGUCCUCCAUUGCCGUAAUGCACCAUCGCCGGGUGCCACCAGCAGUUUGGCCAUUGCCAAAAUGAUUGCCGAUAAGAUUGAGGGGGAAUUUUCCAUUGGCAAGUGAGGGCUGAAGAUUCCCAUACUGACGUGAAAUAUGUUUGUUAAUUUGAUCCUAA